AUCUCUCUCUCUCUCUCUCUCUCUCUCUCUCUCUCUCUCUCUCUCUCUCUCUCUCUCCUCCUUUCUUCUUCAAUAUACACAAAAGAGAGAGAGAGCUUUAAUAUAACCAACAAUGGCUGUCUCCAAAAGUUUCUUAGCUCUCUCAUUAACUCUAAUCGUUCUAGCAUUCUUUCUCUGUGUAAAUGCAUCGACAAUAGCUCACGAAACAGAGGAGCUUAAGUCUCAGAGCUUGAGUAAUUCAUCAACGGCUGAUAAGUUAAGUGACGACGGUGCAUGGAACGAACACGCCGUUAAAAACCCAGAAGAAGUAGCUGCAAUGGUCGAUAUGACCAUAAGGAACAGUACGGAACGGAGGAAGUUAGGAUUCUUCUCAUGCGCCACCGGGAAUCCAAUCGACGAUUGUUGGCGAUGUGAUCGGAAAUGGCAUCUCCGGCGAAAACGUCUGGCGAAUUGCGCGAUCGGAUUUGGUCGCAACGCCGUCGGAGGCCGCGAUGGUCGUUACUACGUCGUCACCGAUCCAUCGGACAACGACGCGAUUAAUCCGAGACCGGGGACGCUUCGACACGCCGUGAUUCAGGAUCUUCCGCUAUGGAUCGUCUUCAAGCGAGACAUGGUUAUGUUGAUGGGUCAUAGUGAUUCCUACACCAGAGACAAGAUGAUGCAAGUGACCAUAGCAUACAACCAUUUUGGGGAAGGGCUUAUACAGAGAAUGCCAAGGUGUAGGCAUGGUUAUUUCCACGUUGUGAACAACGAUUACACUCACUGGGUCAUGUAUGCAAUUGGUGGAAGUGCUAAUCCUACAAUCAACAGCCAAGGCAAUCGUUUCCUUGCUCCAUCAAACCCUUUUGCCAAAGAGGUGACAAAGAGAGUAGGUUCAUGGCAAGGAGAAUGGAAGCAAUGGAACUGGAGAUCACAAGGAGACCUAAUGCUCAACGGUGCUUACUUCACUAAAUCUGGAGCUGCUGCUCCUGCAAGCUAUGCAAGAGCCUCAAGCUUGGGAGCUAAACCAUCUUCCGUUGUGAGUAUGCUUACAUACAGCUCCGGUGCACUUAAAUGCAGGAUCGGUAUGCGUUGUUAGACCCUUAAAAUUGUAUAAUCCACAAAACCAAGACCGAAGAAGAUAACUGAAUAGCUGCUGAUGAGGGAAAUGAAAAGAAGAAAAGUAACUUGUUUUCUUUUUCGUUCCCAUGUUUUUUACAUUUUCAUUGUCACCUUUCUUUCUCCUUUUUACCAUUGUUAGACUCACUCUCUACUUCCAUUCGUCAACCUGGGCCAGCUUUCAUGAGCCACAGUGUUGUUCGAUUACGAAAAUUGUAGUACAGUCCAUUAUCAUUUGUAUCAUAUAUUCUUCUAUCAAUAUAAUUGCUUUGAACUGCUUCUGUUACAUCAUUCUCAUUGACAAAACACAGAUAAAAAUCAAUUCAGAAUGGUUCUUGCCUAUUGAAACAAAUGCAUAUAACUCAGUACGGCGUCUCGACAUCGCUUCUGGUCUCUGUCGGGCUGUACAACGCAGAUCUAUUCCUCGGUCUGUUCUCUUCCAACUGCUUCACAACCUCUUCCAUGGUCGGUCUAACCGUUGUAACAGGAGCACAACAUCCCAUCGCUAGCUUCAACGCAUGAACCAAACCUUCUUCCAUUGGGCUCCUAACACCUUUCAUUGCCUCCAUGUCGAAAACCUCCAUCGUCGUCUCCUCCAACACAGCGGCUUUAACCAAAGAAGGAAGAUCAACAAACUCGCCACCCUUUCUUCCACCGCUCUUUCCAGGUUUCUUACCCAUCAGUAUCUCCAAGAGAAGGAUCCCAAAGGCGUAAACAUCGCUCCUCGGGUUACAUUUCUUCAUCUUGUGAAGCUCAGGAGCUUUGUACCCGUCGGAUUUCGCCUGAGAGACGAUCUCAUCGGCUACUGACUGUACCAUUAUCUUGUCUAGACCGAACUCAGUGAGCCUAGCGAAGAAAAAAUCGUCCACGAGGACGUUUUUGGAUCUAAUGUUCCCAUGGAUGAUAGGAACUUCUUGUCCUGUAUGAAGAUAAGAGAGCCCUCUCGCUAUUCCAAGUGCAAUCUUAUGUCUCCUUGCCCAAUUCAAACCUGGCUUCCCUGGUUUACUCUCUGCACCAAAUCAUGUAAGCUUAUGUUUGGAAUAUAAUCAUAGAUGAGAAGCUUCUCUCCUCUCUUUCCUUGAUAGAAAGCUCUCAAAGGAACCAGAUUCUCAUGGCGAAUACGUCCUAACUGCUUUAUAACAGGCAAGCAAGAGCUUCUGUCUUUGCAAGUACCUUCUCUCAACAGCCUCAAUGCUAUAUUCCCUCCAUCACUAAGCUUAGCCUUGUAGACUGUACCGUAGCUCGUCUUCUCCAUAACUUGUCCCGUCGCAUUCAAAACCUCUUCCAAUGUCAGAUUCUCACCGCCUUGGAACACUAUUAACUUCCCUUCACCGCCUUCAUCUUCUUCGUCACCUUCUUCUAAAUCAUCUUCACUCUCUAUACUAUUCUUUCUUUUCUUGUUCUGCAGAUACCCUAUCAGCAACGAGGCCACAACAACUGCUCCUGACAUUAAACCAAUCACUAGACCAGCAACAGCACCAGGACUCAACCUAGAGGAGCCUAGACAUGGCUUCAAGGGCAAACCACAAAGGCUAGGAUUGUUCCCUUCGAAAGAUUCUGCUCCAAACUUUGAUUCACCAAAAGUUGGUAACAUCCCACUGAAGUUGUUGUGAGAAAGAUUGAGACUUUCUAGUUGUAAUACAGCUAAACCAUCAGGGACAAGACCUUCAAAGACAUUACUUGAAAGAUCAAGUGAUUUUAGACCUUUGAAUCUUGUAAUAUACUCAGGGAACUCACCUGAGAACUUAUUACCACCCAAAUCAAGAACUUGGAGGUUACUACAAGUCGAAUUUGGCAAAGCAGGCUCAGGCAAAUCUCCAGACAAGGCAUUACCAUGGAUCUUGAGGGAGACAAGCUUAUCACAGAGGUUCCAAAUCGAUGGAGGCAAAACACCAGUUAAGGCAUUACUGCUCAAAUCGACAUCAGAGAGAGAAGAAGUGUAACCAAGCUCGAGUGGGAUUGACCCAGUUAAUGAAUUGAUGUUGAGGAACACGCUUUGAAGCAUAGAGAACUCACCAAGCUCUCUAGGGAGUGAGCCGGUGAGGUUAGCAGAAGGAAGCUGGAGAGAGAGAAGGUGAAGUGAGGAUUCGUUGUAUAGAGAGACGUUGGUCCAUUGUGGUGAAGAGACGUCGCUACAUUGAAGAGGAGACCCAUCUGAAAAUACCCAUUUUACCCCUCUCCAUUGACAAACCGGAACAGAUGAGUUCCAAGAAGACAACAGUAGGCUUUCACUGUUUCCUUGAAGUGAAGAUUUGAUCUUUCCCACAAGAAGCUUCACAUCUGAUGAGCCAGAGAGAGAUGCUUUACAAUGGCAGUGGAGAAUCAGCUCAAGGAAGAAGAAAACGUGAAGAAAUCUCGAAGCAUCCAUGCCAAUUUCUCAGAGAGAGGGAGAGAGAGUGGUAAGAGAAGGGAAAGGUGAUGACUUUGUAGUUGUAGUGGAAAGAGAGUGUAUUGACCAUUUUGUAAACACUUUGGUCAAACAUGUCAACGGCUAUGAUGAUUCUAACUUAAACGGGGUUGAUUUGUUACCGUCCGA